UUCAACUCUCCCCCUCUCUCUCUCUUCACCCCCCCAUGUGAUCAAGUCCCCCCUUUUUGCAAUCACAAAACGGUCCUAGUAUAUUUUGUGUAUCGUUAUCCUUUCUUGCUACCACUCUAUUCGUCGUCAGCUGCUCGCAAUUUGACUUAAUUUCUGCUGAAAUUUCUUACCUUUUUCAAUUUCUUGCUGUUCUCGGAUCUUUUUCUCGGUUAUUUCUGUUCUAGUUCAGUUGGGCUGCGGCGAUUGAACUGUUGGAUUGGUGCGAAUUGGGAAUCCGGAGCUGAAUUGCGGUGGUCGGUGGUGUUUUUGAUCUGGGUCUUGUUCAGCUUGCUGAGUUGCAUUGCGGCGGUGAUUGGCCUGCUGUGGAGAUCUGGUGGUUAGUUAGGUCAAAAUUGGGGUGAAGUUUGGAUUUUGGGCUACUGAAUUGGGGGAAAUUGGGGGUUUGGAUCCGGUCAGGGGGGAAACAGCGCCAUUAGAUGGCGCUGUUCAGAAGGUUCUUCUACCGGAAGCCGCCUGAUCGGCUUCUCGAGAUCUCGGAGAGGGUCUACGUGUUUGAUUGUUGCUUCUCCACCGAUGUACUUGACGAGGAUGAGUACAGAACGUAUAUGAAUGGAAUUGUUGCUCAGUUACAGGACCACUACCCCGAUGCUGCUUUUAUGGUUUUCAACUUCAAAGAAGGUGAAAGAAGGAGCCAAUUAUCUGAUGUGUUAUCUCAGUAUGACAUGACAGUGAUGGAUUAUCCUCGGCAGUAUGAAGGGUGUCCGCUGUUACCGCUGGAGAUGAUUCACCACUUCUUGCGUUCCAGUGAGAGCUGGCUGUCACUGGAGGGCCAACAGAAUGUGCUUCUGAUGCAUUGCGAAAGGGGAGGAUGGCCUGUGCUCGCCUUUAUGCUUGCGGGCCUUCUUCUGUACAGGAAACAGUACACGGGCGAGCAGAAGACGCUUGAAAUGGUCUACAAACAAGCACCAAAAGAACUUCUUCAUCUCUUGUCUCCUUUAAAUCCCCAACCAUCUCAGCUCAGAUAUCUUCAGUACAUCUCUAGAAGGAAUAUUGGGUCGGACUGGCCACCGUCAGAUACACCUCUGGGUCUGGAUUGCAUUAUUCUUAGGAUCCUUCCUGUAUAUGAUGGUGGAAGAGGAUGCCGGCCAGUAGUUCGUGUGUAUGGUCAGGAUCCUACUUCAAAAACAUCUACUAGAAGUUCGAAGCUUUUGUUCUCAACCUCGAAAGUCCAAAAGAAAAUUCGCUUCUAUCAACAGGAAGAGUGUGAGCUAGUAAAAAUUAAUAUCCGUUGCCGUGUUCAAGGAGAUAUUGUUCUUGAGUGCAUCCACUUGGAGGAUGACUUAGUGAGAGAAGAGAUGAUUUUUAGAGUAAUGUUCCAUACAGCGUUUGUCCGGUCAAACAUUUUGGUGCUGAACCGUGACGAAGCUGAUGUGCUUUGGGAUUCCAAGGAUCAGUUCUCUAGGGAAUUCAAAGCAGAGGUGCUAUUUUCAGACGCAGAUUCUGUUCGCUCUGUUAUAAACAGCGACGAAGCAGAAAGUGAUGAUGGAAAUGAGACAGAAAAUACCGGAGCUGAGGAAUUCUUUGAGGCCGAAGAGAUAUUCAGCAGUGCAGUGGACACUCAUGAUGGCAAGGUGGAAUCGGAGUCUGAUGACUAUGAAGUAAUCACGAAUUCUGAGGUAAAUGAGAGUAACCAGGAGGUUGUCGUGAAGGAUGAUUCAGAUCAUCAUGCAUUCGAAGAUUGUGCACCUGAUGAGGGAAUUCAGAGGCGUGAACGCAAUGACAGUGCUUUGCGUAAUGGAAAUGCUAAAGUAGAGUCUGGACUUCAGACUGAUAAACUAGCUACUGAUGCUGAAACCAAAUCUAUUAAUAGUGGAACGGGUGAUGAGUCUGAAGAUGAAGAAGAGAGUGAGCGAAACGAAGAACCUCCUCGGUUAAUGAAGAAUCUUGGAAAGCAGGGCCAGGAACAGAAAUCUAGUGUUGAUAAUAAUAAGCCGAAGUUUGAUAGGAGCCUCUCGACUUUAUCUAAAAAGCCGCCUGUUUCUAUUUCCCGAUCUGCUUCUGAUGCAGUCACUACCAACAAAAAAUCUAAGCUUCCGGAUUCGCAGAGCACUCCAGCUAGAGUGGCAAAACCAAAUGCUGUAUCGAAGUGGAUACCUACUAAUAAAGGUUCUUACACUAGCUCAAUGCAUGUUUAUUAUCCUCCGUCAAGAUAUAACAGUGCUCCGGCAUCACUAACUUCUGGCAAAGAUUCUGGCAAAGAUUCUGCGCCUGGAGGGAAAUCUAAGCCUCCUUUUGUUACUUCAUCUUCAGUAACCACUACUGCUGACAGAGGUAGUAGUGCAUCAGGACGUUCCAGGCAUGCAUCUAGCUCACCGUCAUUAGAUGCAUUACUGGCUAAAGAUGCUUCUGCUGCAUCUCUACCUUUACCCUCACAGGUGGGAAGUAAAGCUGAAAAUAGCAUAGAAUCUCCAACACCUUCAGAUACACCCCAGCAAUCGCCUCCACCACCACCACCUCCUCCACCUCAGGCUAAUUCUUUUCUAUAUGAACCUUCUUCAACACCUACAGAAUUGUUUCAAGAUGGUGAGGGCAGUGUUCUUUCAUCUCCACCUGCACCUCCUAGCCUCUCACCAAAUGGUGGACGUUUUACUCCUCCACCUCCCCAUCCACCACCACCACCACCUCCUCCUUUUGGUGCACCUGGUGUACCGCCACCUCCACCUCCUCCAGGAUGGGGAAUGCCUGGUCCACCGCCUCCUCCACCACCUCCUGGAGGGAGAAUGUCUGCUCCACCGCCUCCUCCACCACCUCCCGGAGGGAGAAUGUUUGCUCCACCACCACCUCCUCCACCUCCAGGACAGGGAAUGGCUGGUCCUCCACCACCUCCACCACCUCCAGGACGAGGAAUGCCUGCUCCACCACCGCCGCCCAAUCGGGGAGCUCCACCACCUCCACCUCCUCCUACACGUGGAGCCCCAAUUCCACCUCCCCCACCUUCAAGUCGUGGCCCUCCACCACCUCCACCCAUAGGAGGAGCACCACCUCCACCACCACCUCCUGGAGGUCGUGUGCCUGGUCCACCUGCUCCUCCAGGACCUCCAAGACCUCCAGGAGGUGGACCGCCCCCACCUCCAGGACCUCCGAGACCUCCAGGAGGUGGACCGCCCCCACCUCCUCCAUUUGGCGCAAAGGGACCUGCAACUGAUAGUAAAGGGUUGCUUGCUGGUAGAGGGCGUGGGCUUCCACGUCCAAUGGCAACAGCACCUCGAAGGUCUACCUUAAAGCCACUUCAUUGGAGCAAGGUAACCAGGGUAUUACAAGGAAGCUUGUGGGAAGAAUUGCAGAGAUUCGGCGAUCCUCAAGUGGCACCAGAAUUCGAUGUGUCAGAACUUGAGACCCUUUUCUCUGCCACAGUACCAAAGUCAGAUGCAGGAGGAAAAGCUGGAAGUCGGAGAAAAUCUACUGGAUCUAAGCCUGAAAAAGUUCAUCUGAUUGACCUAAGGAGAGCAAACAACACUGAAAUUAUGCUCACAAAAGUGAAAAUGCCCCUUCCUGACAUGAUGGCUGCAGCACUUGCAAUGGAUGAAUCAAUUUUGGAUGCUGAUCAAGUAGAAAAUCUCAUUAAGUUUUGUCCAACUAAAGAAGAGAUGGAACUUCUUAAGGGCUACACAGGGGACAAGGAGACUUUGGGGAAGUGCGAACAGUUUUUCCUGGAGCUGAUGAAGGUUCCACGAGUGGAAUCUAAGUUAAGGGUUUUCUUAUUCAAGAUCCAAUUCAACUCUCAGUCUUCUGAUUUCAAGAAAAGCUUGAACACUGUAAAUUCAGCAUGUAACGAGGUUCGGAGCUCCCUCAAGCUUAAAGAAAUUAUGAAGAAGAUUUUAUAUCUUGGAAAUACAUUAAACCAAGGAACUGCUAGAGGUUCUGCUCUUGGAUUCAAAUUAGACAGUCUCUUGAAGCUCACAGAUACACGUGCAUCCAACAGCAAGAUGACACUCAUGCAUUAUCUUUGUAAGGUGCUUGCUGCAAAGACACCAGCUCUUUUAGACUUUCAUCAAGAUCUUGUUAGCUUAGAAGCUGGCGCUAAGAUACAAUUGAAAUCCUUGGCAGAAGAGAUGCAAGCCAUUAUCAAAGGUUUAGAGAAGGUAAAGCAGGAAUUGGCUGCUUCGGAAAACGAUGGUCCUGUAUCUGAAACUUUUCGCAAGACAUUGAAGGAAUUCGUCACCACUGCUGAGAGUGACGUGGCCUCUGUGACAUCUCUAUAUUCUAUUGCGGGGAGAAAUGCAGAUGCACUAGCUCAGUAUUUUGGUGAGGACCCUGCACGAUGCCCUUUCGAGCAAGUCAUUGCAACCCUCUUGAACUUUGUCAGAAUGUUCCGGAAAGCUCAUGAAGAAAACUGCAAACAGGCUGAACUGGAAAAGAAGAAAGCCCAGAAGGAAGCUGAAAUGGAGAAUGCCCAAGGAUUAAACCUGUCGAAGAGAGCCAAACGCUGAGUUGAAUGCUUUUUAGCAGAGACACAUAUGGCUGUUCCCAACGCCCAGCCUUAUGCCCGUCUACAAUAUUUGACUGCAUACACCGCAGGAUGCAGCCAACAAGCCCUCAGCUUUUCUGGAAACCCGGUGCAGAGGGUGCUGUCGAGCCAUCACAAAACCUGAAACUGUAGAGAAGGAAAUUUGAGAAAGCCCGGUGAUUGUUGGGAUGGUGAUCGCAACGGAGAUUUCUUCAUUAGAGGUACGUGUUGAGCCCUCGACAUUGCAGGUUAAAAGGACUAAUGAGAACACAUGCUCGUUUCUAUGUGAGAAAACUGUAGCUCUCCCGGUUUUCAGUAUCACCACAUUGAAUCACCGGUCGCUAGAUGAAAGUUGUACAUAAAUGCUAACCCUCUACUUAGAUUUAACACUAAUUCUUUGGUGUAGUUAUAGAAUUCGUUUUGGCUCCUCGCGUUGAAAUGCAUCCUUGUAUAGAACCCGAGUAGAGAGAAUAUAUUAUAUAGAACUAGAAGAGCAUAGUCUAAGAUUUGUAGAUAGAUGAUCUAAUCUAGCAUAGGUUUUUUGGUCUCAUCUGUUUCCAUUUACUUUCAAGAAUUGGAUAAAUUCAUUCAUUAGUGAGAAGUUUUCAAGCUUGAUCUGUUGUUUUUUCU